GCAAUGUCGAGGCAGCGGUACGCAAACCGCAGCAGCGGGAACAGAUAAGGAAGGGAGGAGCCACGCAUCGAGCAAUCAUGUGCAGUGUCAUGUGGCUCCUUCGGCUCCUAACGACUUGCUGCCUCGUUUAUUUAUCGGCAUCCGAUGUUCAUACAGAUCUGCCAAUAGUAACGGAUUCAGUGUCAACGAAAUCAACGACGACGGCAAAGCGAUCGGUACCGACGGAUGCACCGAUGCUGUAUUACAUCUUCGACGCGCACAGCACGCUGAACAAGCAUCAGCAUUAUCACGAUCAUCGGUGGGGCCCUCACUUCGAAGGCGAAGGGAAGAAUAUGACCGUUCAGUCCGGUGGCCGCGCCAUGCUCGAUUGCAGGAUAUCCUUGCUCCAGGAUAAAACCGUGUCCUGGGUACGCAGACAAGAUAAUGGGGAGAAGGUAAAUCUGCUGACGGUGGGGCAACAAACGUAUAUAGGAGACCCAAGGUAUACAGUAAAGUUCCAGUAUCCAGAUAACUGGCGUCUGGAAAUUAAACCAGUGAAUAGUAGCGACGAGGGUCAGUACGAGUGCCAAGUCAGCACCCAUCCGCCUAAACAUAUUCAUGUGAAUCUGCACAUCAACGCGCCGUCCGUCCAAAUAGUGGACGCCUUGGGUGAGCCCCUGAGGGACAAGUACUACGAGGCCGACAGCACCAUCGAACUACAGUGCGUCAUACGUCAUAUAGCGAUGCAAGUACAGUACAGCGUUGUCCAGUGGCUGCACGGCAAUCGAAUUCUGAACUACGAUACGACCAGGGGUGGUAUCAGCGUGAAAACGGACUUAAUGGAAGAGGGGGCCAAUUCGACACUCAGUAUAGCGAGGGUAGGACCAGCUGACAGUGGAAAUUAUACGUGUCAUCUCACCACCAUGCCUGACCAACCAGCCACGGUUCACGUGCACGUGCUGAACGGAGAAAGCUUAGCCGAGCUGCAUCACGGAAGCGCAGAGGGUGUGGGAGGUGUCGGCAGAUCGCUGCUUCUCCUCCUGUCCGUUCUCCUCGUCCUCCUCGGCCGAAUACAACAGGUGCUCAGAUGAAGGCCUGACGACUGCCAUUGCGCCCCGGAAAGGCGCGGAACGGGCAUAGCGACGCACCGUCACGACGUUGGACAGUGUCGUGACACGGCACUGCAAUACAAUACGAACUUUUAUAUUAUCGCUAAAGAAUGAACGUAGCGAAGAGUGUGUGAGCGAACAAGAGAGAGAGAGAGCGAAAGAGAGAGCGCGAGAGAGAGAGAGAGAGAAAAAGAAUGGAAAAAUGAAAAGGGGGUUGAAGCGUUGCGCGAGAAAGGACUGCACGAAGGGGAGGGGUUGGCAGCGCUGAUUCAACAUUGUUCUUGGCCCAAUUGAAAGUGACUGUUUCUGCGUCGCUGCACGCCAGUGUUUCCGUUUCACCGAUGAUUCUUCCUGUACCGGUCGGAUUACGAAAGUACGUCAACUUUAGGCCUUUGUCCUUACAGGUAUUUUCAUGACGUCUCUAUGUAUAUCGGGAGACAAACACGGUCACUUCAACGACUCGCGUGAUACUUGCAGACGGUAGCUUGGAAAGUUGUGAUAAUCACGAGGAAAGCAAUACUAAUAAAAAAAAUGGCUCGGGAUUGGCCUAAUGGGACUUU